UUAGCCGCGGCUUGGACGGAUCUGGGGACGACGUACAAGGCGAACGGAGAAUCUAAGCGCGCGAUGGAGACGUACGCGGAGAUCAUAGCGGCCGUACCGCAUCACGCUGCGGCGGCGUAUUACAAUAUGGGCGUGUCUCUCGUGGAGUGUGGACGAUUGGUCGAGGCGGAGAGCGCUUAUCGAAGCUCCAUCGCGCUCGAUUCGUCAAGAGCUGAGGCGUACUGCAACAUCGGCGUCGUCUUCAAGAUGACGAAUCGCAUAGAUGACGCGCUUGACGCGUGUGAAAAAUGUCUGCGCAUAUCGCCCGAUUUCGACCUUGGGAAGAAGAACUUGUCGCUCGUCCUCACGGAUCAAGGGACGGAGCUAAAGAAGAAGAAUUUGCUCGCCGAUGCCAUUGCGACAUACGAGCGAGCGCUUUCAUACGACACGACCAACGUUGAGGCGUACUACAACCUCGGUGUGGCGUGCGCGGAAGCUGAAGAGUACGAUCGUGCUAUCAUUGCGUACGAAAACGCGGGACGUUUAAGGCCGCAGUGCGCGGAAAUUUGGAACAACGCCGGGGUCUUGUACAAGGAAAGAGGUAAUGACGCUCGCGCUAUGGACUACUACCGCCGCGCCGUCGCGUGCAAUCCCAACUUUGCUCAACCUCUCAAUAACCUGGGCGUAUUACACACGAUGACUGGCGAGGCGCAGCAAGCUUUGGAGACGCUCCAGCGCGCAGUGACGGUGGAUCCAUCGUAUGCGGUGGCGCACAACAAUUUAGGCGUCUUGUUGCGGGACACGGGAGACAUCGAGCACGCGUGUGAGUCGUACAGAGAAUGCAUUCGAAACUCUCCGAACGAUCGUCAUGCCGAACAGAACUACUUGCUCGCGCUCAAUUACGUGCGCCAAGGCGAAGAACCAGACGUUUGUGAGGCGCACGCGACGUGGGGGACGCGGUUUGUGAAACUCGCAGGCCCGCCGCUUAAGGCUCGAAGGGCAGUUCGUUCGGACAGUGGUGCUGGAACGCCAGGGCGAAGAAAGCUCGUCGUCGGCUACGUCUCUCCUGAUAUGUACACGCACUCGGUGAGUUAUUUCGCAGCUGCGCCUUUUCGUUCGCACGAUAAGGAGAGCGUCAAGCUUGUGGUGUACAACGUGUCGAAAUUUUGCGAUGCGCAGACCGAGCGCCUUCGGAAGUUCACGUUGGAAUCCGGAGGCGAGUGGCGCGAUUGCGCGUCUCUUGAUGAGCGUGAACUCGCCGAGUGCAUUCGAGGUGACUGUGUGGACGUUCUCGUUGAGCUUACCGGGCACACGGCGAACAAUCGCCUCGGCACGCUCGCGCUCGAGCCGGCGCCAGUUCAGAUCACGUGGAUUGGCUAUCCGAACAGCACGGGAAUGCGAUCGAUCCACUAUCGCAUCACCGACAAAGUCUGUGAUCCGCUGGACACUAAACAGACGUUCACGGAACAGCUCGUUCGUAUACCGUCACCGCAUUCGUUCCUUUGCUACACCCCGAAUCCCGAGGCACCACAGCAAGUUUCGGACGCGCCGUGCGCAAGUCAGGGCUUUGUCACGUUUGGGUGCUUCAAUACCAUGGCCAAAGUCACCGCCGACGUCCGAGUGGCUUGGAGUCAGAUCUUGCUCGCCACUCCCGGAAGUCGCUUGUACUUCAAGUCGAAAGCUUUCGCGUGCGAAGUUAUUCGCCAACGCUUUUUGUCGCAAAUGUCUGCGUUGGGAGUAGACAACUGGCGAAUCGACUGCGUUCCGCUCGAGCGCGAGACAUCCUCGCACCUCGCCAUGUACGAUCGCGUCGAUAUCGCUCUAGACACCUUCCCAUACGCUGGCACGACGACGACAUGCGAGUCCCUCCACAUGGGCGUGCCCGUUCUGACGCUCGCCGGCGCGUGUCACGCGCACAACGUGGGCAAGUCGUUGAUGACCGCUGUUGGUCUCGAAAGGUUCGUUGCGAAAGAUGUGAUUGAGUACGUGCGAAUUGCUUCGUCGUAUGGCAAUAAGAUGGAUGAGAUUCGUGAGCUUCGACGGGGUUUGCGAGAGAAAUUGCUGCGCUCGCCCCUGUGUGACGCCGCCGGUUUCACACAAUCUCUCGAGGUCAUCUAUCGCAACUUGUGGCAACGAUGGUGUGAU